UCCGCGAUCGGCGUGAAGGCGGUCGGUGCUAUGACGCGCCCGGUUCGCGCGCAGUUCGCGCGGGCAAUGCGUAGCAAGCGCGGACGAGGCGGCCGCGACACAGUGCUCAGGACUCCGGCACGAAGAAGGGUCACUAUGCACUACAGCGACGCUAGCGGGCGCCAUCCGGCAGCCCAAGAUAUCGAGGUUUCAAGAGUGCCGAUGCGCGUUCGCCGGAUCGUGAAGCUCUUCAUCGCAUCCUGCGGGGAUUGCACUCGACGCACCUCCAUGCCGAAGAGAUCGACGCGUCAUCCGACCGACUCCUCGCCGCCUGAUUAUUCCGCGAUCCCGAGCUCAGACGCGACCAUCACCCCCCGCGAUGUCGGACGCUGGAAACGAUGCAUAUUGUUGGGGCAAGGUGGCGUCUGACGCGCGACGUGGCAAAGGACGCCAUGCAGGAGCCUAGACGUGGCGAGGAUGCUGGCGUAGAUGGCGAGGCGGAGGAGCGGAAUCCCGCUUGUGAGCACGAGCGCGCGGGAGGCGCACGUAGAAAAGGUGCACUCGACGAGGUCGCGAUCCAGCAGCUUGAAAGGAACCUACCAGAACGUGUAUGCGGGGUGCUUAUUCUGAGGAUAGAGCGGGAAGAUAUGAUUUGUGUCGUACCGUUGUGAGCGAAACGAACG